ACGUCGGUCGUACGCAUCGCACAGGCCACGUCAAGUUCGCGCGAAUCUCAAAGUUUCUACACCCAAAACAGGCGUACGCGCGCUCGUGUGUGAGAGAGGAAGAGAGAGAGAGAGGGAGGAAGAGAAAACGGUGCCAAAUCGUUGUCUGCGAAUCUUUCCGGUCUCGGGCUCGGAACCAUGUCGGAGGCGGCCAUCAUGAACCGGAUCUUCCGGUACUUUAUGAAGUUCCACGGGUUCUUCAUCGCGUUCUGUACCAUCUUCUUCACGUCGGUGAUCAUCGUGACCUCGUUCACGGGGCGCGAUCUGCACGAGGAACCGUUCAUCAUCGAGGAGGAAUAUGAGGCAGUGCAGCGGUACCCGAUCUUGAUCCAGGUAGAAUCGGCACUGUGGUUGUGUGCAUCUGUGAUACUAGCCGUCGGUUUAUACAAGGAGAACAAAUCCUACCUCACCCCGUUCAUGGCGCUGUUCAUCAUCGACGGGGCCGUCGUGAUCGUCCAGGAGGUUGUCAACCUGUGCACCGGACGGGGUUCAGAGCUGGCCAACAUCGAGCCCCGCCAGCUGUUUGUCAUGAUACUGGUCAACGUGUACGUCCUGGUCAGCCUGGUGGUCCUGUACCGGAUGUUCGCCAAGGGUCCGCUGCUGCCCACGACCCAGAACAACUUUGUCCGGUUCGACAACGAGCGGGACGUCGAGAGUCAGCAGCAGCCAGGUCCCCAGCCAGGUCAACCUCAAAGUCGAAGUUAGACUUGAGUGCGCGAGUGUGAUUUUCUUUUUUUUUGCGUCGUGUAAGGUUUAAGCAUUGUUUAGCGUGUAAGACCAGCUGAUUAUUUAAUGUUACUGUACUAUCGUGCGGGAGUAGUGAGAAAGCAUGAGCAAACGUGUACAUAUAGAGUUUGAGAAUGAUGAAGAAACGAUAGUUGUUCAAUGAAGAG